AUGGCUGCACCAACCAGAUGUAUGGCCACGGCCACGAGAAGUAUCCAAAACCCACAAGCGGCGCGCAUCACGUAUCGAACAUUCGCCUCUAGCACAUCGAGUCCGGCCGCAUCAUCGCGGAAAGUAGCGGCGGCAAACACAACAUGUCUGAGGCAAUUACAGACAGCACGGAACGCAUCUGGGAAGGCAGAGACUAGCUGCCAGAGUCAGACAAGAAAUUUCUCGCAAUCGGCAUCGCGGAGCAAGCUCAAGACGAUAGAUCAGAUCCGGGCAAGAAACAAGGGCGGGCCAUUCAACCUCACAGCCGCGAUCCUCUUCGUCGCAGCCGGUGGAGGACUAUGGGCUUACUUCACAUACGAGAAAGAGCGCAUGGCACGAAAGCGGAUAGCAGAGCAAACAAAAGGCAUUGGCAAGCCCAAAGUAGGCGGACCAUUCCACCUCGUAGACCACAACGGCAAGCCCUUUAGCAACGAGGACAUGCUAGGCAAAUACUCUCUGGUCUACUUCGGCUUCACCCACUGCCCCGACAUCUGCCCCGACGAACUCGACAAAAUGGCCCUCAUGUACGACAAAGUCGUCGCCGAAUGCGGAAACGUCCUUCUCCCCAUCAUGAUCACAUGCGACCCCGCGCGCGACAACCCGAGCGUACUCAAGGAAUACUUGGCCGAGUUCCACCCUGAUUUCAUUGGGUUGACGGGCAACCACGAGCAGAUCAAGGAUACUUGCAAGGCGUAUAGGGUGUACUUUAGCACACCCAAGGAUACCAAGCCCGGUCAGGACUACCUGGUUGAUCACAGCAUUUACUUCUAUCUGAUGGAUCCAGAAGGCGAUUUCGUCGAGGCGAUCGGACGCAAUUUCACCGCUGACCAGGCCGCCAAGGUCAUUUCGGAUCACAUCAAGGACUGGGAGAAGCCGUUGAAGAAGGAGAUGAGAUGGGAGUAG